AACAUCAAGAAUUCAAUCUCACAAAACUUAAAUUAGGUUUUGGGUUUCUAUAUUUGUUGAAAAGCUUUCCAUAAUAUCCAACCAUGGCUUUCAUAUGUUCAAAACUUAUCAUUCUGUUCAUUUGGGCAUGCAUCUCAACAAUAAGCUCUGCCAAUGGAGGUUGGUUUUGGGGACCAAAUUGCACUGUGCCUUCCAAACCUAGGCAUAGUCGAUCUCCGCCACCACCAUCACGGCGGCUACCACCAUCACCACCACCAUCACGACACCCACGAACUCCACCAUCACAACGGUUUCCACCCCCACCAUCACGACGAUUUCCCCCGUCACCACCACCAUCAAGACAUCCUCGAACACCACCAUCACAACGGUUUCCACCACCACCGCCACGAUCACGACGUCCUCGAACACCUCCACCAUCGCCACCAAUGCUAUCAUCGCCUCCACCACCAUCACGAAGGCCUCGAACACCACCACCAUCAAGACGUCCUCAAACACCUCCACCAUCACCACCAAUGUUAUCAUCGCCUCCACCACCAUCACCAAGGCCUCGAACACCACCCUCGCCAAUAGUGUCGUCACCACCACCACCACGAUCACGACGACCACGUACACCACCACCCCAAAGAAUACCACCACCACCGUGGUCAUUGCCAUCACCGUUGCCACCAUCUCCAUCACCAUCAUUACCACCCUCACCACUACCAACCCCACAAAGUCCAAGAAAGAUCAUAGUGGGUGGUUCCAAUCAAUGGCAGCUUGGCUUCGACUACACCGAUUGGGCGCUCAAAAACGGUCCCUUUUAUGUCAAUGAUAUUCUUGUGUUCAAAUAUGAUCCUCCAAACAUGUCAACUCCACCUCAUAGUGUUUAUCUGCUAACAAACAUGAGAAGCUUUGCCAAUUGUGAUUUAGGAAAGGCCAAAAUGUUAGCAAAUAUAAAACAGGGAAGUGGAGAUGGGUUUGAGUUUGUGCUUAAAGACCAAAAUCCUUACUAUUUUGCUUGUGGAGAAGGCAAUGGCUUCCAUUGCAAACUUGGAUCCAUGAAGUUCACCAUCACACCAAUACUUAAGGGUUGAUUGUUUUACGAGUUUUCUUGAUAAAACAAUAUUAUUUAACUAGGUGCAUCUUAAAAUAUAUCUAUCAUUGUGCAUUUUAUUCUAAUCAUAAAUGCAAAAUAAUUAUUCAAAAAUAUAGUUUUUAAAAAGUAAGAGAAGUUUGCCACGUGACAAACUAUGAUUGGACAAUUGAGUGAGAUACACAAAGAUAAAUAUAAAUUAAGAUACACAUUCUAAAUAUUUUUCUUCUUGAAAUACAUCAUCUUCUCGAACCCUCACAACAAUAUAAGUUAUAUAUGUAGUUACUACGGUUAAAUAAGAUAUCCCAAUGCAUGGGAGAAAAUGAUGACCCA